CAGAUCAUGACUUUCGGCUUACCACCGUAUGAGCGCGAGCAAUUCUUUCCAAAUGCCUACGUCCGCCCCGAGGAGGCAGAUAUCAUCUCUCGCUCUCCCGACUUCGUGGACCGGGGCUCUGUACAUCUCCUCAUGCAACGCUUAGCACAAAACUCAAAGGUCGCGCACGACGUCCGCUCCAAGAUCAACGCCAACAGGGCAGCUCUCUUUUUCCCGGCCUGCGUCCAGCGUAAGCCCCCUCCGAGCACGCAGCCAGAUCCUGUCGUCGAGUAUGGCUGGGACCGUACGCGCGACAAGGAUCUCGUCCAAAACAUGCAGGACCAGUGCGCGCGGCUCUUCUUGGAGUGCGACCGCCUCGCUUUCAUGGCGGCGACUCCGGAGAUGGCGCAGUACUGUCGCGACCAGCCUGCCGACUGGUACCAGCGUCUGACGAGCCAUCUCACCUCCCCCACGUACAAGAUCGACCUAAAGGCCAAGAUGAAGGCCGGUAUCGAACCGGUCCGCGACCUGCUUUCGAACCUCUUCACAAAGCUUGUCAUCCUGCACGAGGCGGCGGGCGGGGACGCUGCGGGUCCAAAGCCCCAGGAUGUGAUGGGAGAGCUCUGCACACGAGUGGGUAUCCCCGCUCUCUCCGAACUGGACCUGAAUGAUGAGGCCAAGGAGGAGAUUCGUAACGUGAGCAUCUUCCAACGAACUUCAUUCUUAACAUGCGGCUGACCUAUUGCUUCAGUUACUCGAGUCCAUUCGCGACGGAGCGAAGCGCGACGCGAACCUUGAUUUUCAGUUCACUCUGUAUGGUGUGAUGCCUCUGGUAUUCCGUUUAGACAUUAUUGCAGCCUUCGACAAUGCGCUUGAUAUCGUGAGUUCACUGAAAGGCCUGUGGGCAGUCAUUCCGAGUCCUGCGGCAAUGGUGCUCCCAGUAUGUCCCAUACUCUUUGGCUCCAAAGCUCCACGCUCUAACAAGUUUCGUUCAGGGACUGGCUUGGCUGCGUGAUAAGUUCGUGGAAGGUCAGGUGGCUGAAAGAGUGACGAUGCUGGGACGGCGAACUGGACGGAAGUAUGGUCUGUGGUAUGAUUAAAUGGUGAAGAUCGAGGAGCGAAGACACGGGUUGUGUUGUGUUAGUGUCCUAAGUAGAUGUAAGAUACUGUACGGGUUGUGCACACUGCACACAGCACUUGCUUGGCCGACCAUGCUGGCGCCCUUGUCAUAGCUACCGCGGUUAUUGCGACAUGUCCCAAAUAUGCACACGGGUAAGCUUUGACCGCCCUGAAGACCUGAAGUCUGAUGGCUCAUUGUGUCGCGAGUGAAGAAAG